UUUGCUUGGUAAUUCAUUUAUGGCUGUGGAGUGGCUGUGGUUCCUGGUAGUGAGGCUUAUCUCAGGCUCCAGGAGCCAGCUUGCAUGUGGCCAUCCGUGGUGGCUGCACGUGGCAUUUUUGGUUCCUAACGUGGCCCCAUGGGAUGGGUGCUGUCAUGGGAAACCUCCAGCUCCUUCUGCCUAUGGGUUUACUGGCUGUAGAUGUUGGCUCCAUCCAGGCUGUCCUGCACUGGCAGGACAGGUGAGCUCUGGGCUGUGCUGGUGACAAUCUGUGUUCCUGUGUGGAGCUGCUGCUCACAGGCACUGAGGUGAUUGUGGCUCCUGAAGCUGUGCAGACCUGUGGAGCCACAAUCACUUCACACUGCAUCCCCCUUUGCUAGGUUGCACGGAGGCAAUUAGUGCUGAAAGGGUGUCCUUGUCUUGUUAGCCCUGGAGAAUUCCAGUCUGGAUGCAAGCAGGAGGCAGAGGAGAACAUUUCCUUGUUGCUUUUCUUUGGCUGGUAGUCUCUGAGUGCCUGGAGCAUGGGGCAGCACGAGAUUUUGCCAGGCAGGAGCUGGGCAGGAGUGGGACACCGUGUGAGAGCCGUGGUGUCCUGGAUCCUGUUUGUCCUUCCAGCAGCUGGGGAAGACCCUGUGGAGCAGGAGGAAUGACUGCAGGCUCAGGGUGUCGUGGGCAGGGCUGCAGCCUUUCCCCUGCCAAGGCUGGGCAUCCUGGGGCAGCUCUUUGCUCUCGACAGAGUCCCAGGGGACAAUCCUGAAGCAGCUGCCUCCGUGGAAAUUUUGUCCUUUGGAAGUCACGUGUGCUGACUCAUGAUCCUGUGUGCUCAGGAUUAAUCCAUUGGGCAUUUCCAGAGCGUAAAGAUUUCUUCUCGGGCCCUGAGUGGCAUCUUUCACGUUUAUUGGAGGUUUUUACCCCACAAAUAAACUCAAUAUUCUCUAAUGACACAGACUCAAGCAAAGGUAACAAACUGCCCAGAGCUGAGCCUACUCAGCCUUGUUGCAGAAGACAAAUUAUUGCCUGAGUGAGGAAAUAAACCCUGACUUAGCUACAUGCAAAUGGUAGACUUCAUGGAUUUUUUCCAAAUUCAUAACACAAUAAAUCAAGGAAUUGAAGAUGUACUCCUGGGCAUUGUCCAAAGCCCUGAGGGUGAGACAGGCUGUGCCAUGAGGAGAUUCAGUGUAGCCCCAAAUCACUUCUAAGAAGUGGAAGGAUUGGGAGAGAGGCAUGAUUUUUAUUUUGGGUGAAUAUUGCCAUGUUAUGCUUGCAGAAAACCUUAAACCCCACAAUUUUCAAUUACAGUCACCAGUUUUGGCUUUUCCCCCUAAUUCUUUGUAACCCCCUGUGGGGUUUGGGAGGGGAUGAGCAGCUGUGCUGUGACUGCAUGGAGAAAUCAAGGUGUGCACAGUGGAGGGAAUUUCACUGUUUCACUGGUGAGAGUGGGAUGGUGGUGAAGCCCUAGAAUCAUGCUCAGAGUUUGGUCCAGAGGGAUUAUGUGAGAAAUGGAUUUGUAGAAAAUUUUAACAAUUUGACAGAAGUUUUUACAUAGUGUAUAUUUGUAUGUGAACUUUGAGAUAAGAAAUGUUGAUUUAGAAAUACUAUAGAAUAGGACAGACAUUAAGAUUAAGAGAAAAAUUGAACUAAAAACAGGUUUUGAAGGAUGGCUUUGUAAAUUAGAUUAGAGAAAUAGAACUAUAAAAAUUGUAUUGUAGUAAGACUUACUUGUAGUAGGACUACAUUAUAGUGUACUGCAAUUAGAAGAUAGCUUCUGAUUGUGAUGGUGUGAAUUAUUGCAUCUGCAUUGUCUCACCCUUCUCAUGGGACUGAAAAUGAAAUAAAAGUUUUUAAAACUCCUCUCAGUUGCCCCAUCUCUGGAUCAGAAAAGAGUAUAAUCUGACAGGAUUAGCUUUGGUUGUUCAGCCACGUGGGUCUAACCUGCCCUGAAUAAACUCCAGAAAUUGCAGUAGCUCCUUGCUCAGCCAUUUUCUUCAAGCACAGCACAGGGAAUGUGCUGGGGCAGGGGCAGGGAGUGGGGUCCUGCUUGGGUCAUGGCUUCUUCUCUUUGAUCAGCAUGAAAAAUUCAGCAGGGGCAGGUGAUUUAUAUUCUGAGAGAAUUCUCACUGUUCUGCUUGCGAGCUGUAUCAGUAUGCAAAACACAGCUCCAGCUCCUCGUUCCCGGUGCCCUUUCCACUGUAAAUAGGUUUUAUGUCAGUGUGUGUGGCUGGAGAUGGAUUAUUGAGCUGGACAGGGGCUGAAUGUUUUCUGUGCAGAGGGGUGGUGAUCCCACAGCUAGUGGAAAUCUGUGUGAUGCUGGUGCUCACUUUUCUUCACAAGGAGUAAUUUCUGGGGGUCAGACCAUGGAGUCAUGGAGUUGGUAGGGUUGGAAAACACCUCUGAGAUUAUGGAGUCCAACUGCUUCCCCAGCACAGGCAAGGCCACCACUAACCCAUGUCCCCACGUGCCACAUCCACAGGGCUUUUAAAUCCCUCCAGGGCUUUUAAAUCCCUCCAGGCUUGGUAACCCUUUCUGUGAGGAAGUUUUUCAUCAUUUACAUGGAGGUGUGAUACUGGUCACUGCUCGUGCUCCCUCCAGCCAUGGCAGAGCAUCUGGCAGACAGUUUGCUGAAUCUUCAGGUCUUUCCCAUGCAGUCCAGUGUAGCAGGUGAGCAGGGCAUGGCUUGGAGCCUGCUGUGUUAUGUGUGAGACCCCCCUGCAGGGAAGGGCUGUUUAUCCCCCAUGAGCAGCUCUAAGGCUGUGCUUGUGCCUCACAAGGAGCAUGUUUGUUCCCCAGAGUUCAUCUUUCAAGCCUGUGGAUGAGAGUUGGAUCAUUUCACUUAAUUUUUUUUCCAAGACAAACUCUCCAUAGGUGUGAUACUGUCUAGAAAGCAGCUCUGAGAGAAACCUCUUCCCACCUCUGCCACUGCAAAGAUCACAUAAGACUUCUGCUUUGUCUGUGGUUUGAACCACGCAGAAAGUAGGGUUUGCUAAAAUUUGGGGAUUUCUGUGCACUAGAGUUUCUCGGGGCUUUUCAUAAAGCUCAGGAGAUUGUGUCAAUCCCAGUGGCCGUGGCUCAAAUCUAAACUUAACCUUGACAUCAUGAUGAAGAUAGUUCCUUUAUCUGAUUGCAAAUGAGGAAAUACAUUUCUUAAAGUAAUUAAUGGUCCCUGCAGAGUAUCUUUUUAUUAGCAUGUGUGUGUGUGAAAGCAUCCAGUCUAUAAAUACACAGUGGUUUCCUCCUCAGCAUCAAUAGGGUCUGUGCUGGCCCUGCAGUCUGUGUCCCAUGGCACUUGUUUGCAUGGAGAGGAUGUGACAGGGCAGGAGCGUGCGUCAGGAGCCCUGGGAGGCAGGAUGGGGAGCCAGAGCUCACAUUUCACUGGAAAGUUUCCCUUUUUAUUGCAAUUCCUCCAUGGGGAUGGCUCCAAAACCCAACCAAGCCGUGGUUCAAAUUGCUGAUACCUGCAAGCGCGCCUCGGCCCCGGCGUUGAGGGGUGGUGGUGGCUGCCAGCUUGGCAGCAAUUUGCUGUGUUGCCUGUCAUUAGGGCUGUGUUAAUUGCAGGGCUUGCAGAGGAGCAGGGAGGUGUGAUGGUGUGUGCUGCAUUCUGGCUGGCCGGGGCAGGGAGCCUCUGCCUGUGCUUGCUGCUGCUCCUGCCUGGGUGUGCACCCAGGUCUGCUGCUGCAGCAUUAACCAUCACCUCAGGGGAGGGCAAUUAUUCCUGAAGAAAUCAUACCUGGUGAGUGUGCUCGGUGCUUUCGUGCUGCUCUGAAUCCUUGUUUGAUCUCUGUGCCAGCGGUGCCCCAGCGUCCUCCCAGCACUGAGUUUGUCACUGCAGCAAGCACUCCUGUCCGUGCAGGGGCAGGGACAGCUGAGAUUGUGAGAGAUAGAAAUCACAGAAUCACAGAAUGGUGUGGUUGGGGAUGCAUCUUAAAGACCAUCUCAUUCCACACCCUGCCAUGGACAACUUCCACUAUCUCAGGUGGCUCCAAAACCCAAUGCCCAUCCUGGCCUUGGACACUUCCAAGCUGUUGUGGGCACCUGUGCCAGGGCCUGCCCACCCUCACAAUCAAGAAUUCCUUCCCAGUAUCCCAUCUCAUCCUUCUCACAAAUUAUGUGUUAAUUUUGACACUCUGAAAUGUUCACUUUUCUAUUUGACAGUUUUCAUUUGGUCGCUGGGUUGCCCAGAGGUUUAUGAGGAAGUUACCAGUAAACUGUAAAUGAUGAGUCCACUGAUAUCCCAUAGAAAGCUGGAGACUGGACCAGGCACCCUUGGGAACAGUAAAUCUUCAGCAAAUGUAUUGAUUCCCAAUCUUGGCUUUGCACUCUGGAUGAACUUUGUCCUCGUAAAAUAAUAGAAGGUGAUUUUUCUUUACCAGCCAGCUGGCCUUUAAAUGAGCUACUCUUAACACCACUGCAAGCUCUAAUCCAAGUAAACAUGGACAGGAUGAUUCAGGAGCUGGGAAGAGCAACCAGAAUAUCAGUUCAGAAUAAGGGUUAAUACUUAGUGGAAUAUUUUCAUCUAUUAUCCUUAAACAUCACAAUUGGCUUUGACUGGAUGGUACAAGAUCGGUGUUUUGUGCUCUUUGGAUUGUGCAAAUGGUGAGUUUGGUUGUUUGCAUUAACAACCAAAGCAGCAAACAGAGAAACAGGAUUAGGGGAGCGAUUUGGGGAAAUCGCUGGUUUUGGUAAUCAGAUUUCAGCUGCAAUCUGUCUGCUUUACAAGGGAAUAAGUCUGUAGGGGAGGAUGCCAGGAGGUGAGGCAGGGCUCAUGAUCAGGGCUGCAUGAGCUGGCUUGCAGUUUUCAUUUCAAGAGCCUCCUUGUUGUCCACCCUUAGCUUUUCUUACCUAAAACUACCUAAGAAAUUGGUGAAGAUCAAGAGGCAUGGUGUGGCCCUUAGGAUUUCCCUCCUUGCAGGCAACUCUUUGCCUUGUGUUUUUCCCUAAAGGGCUCUUCAUAGAUUGGGAAUCAUGGAAUGACUGGGGUGGGAUAGGUGUAUCCAGGGGAUUUCACAGCCAUAAUGAUGCUGGAGAGGCUUUUUCUGCUGGACAUCUGCUCCCAGCUGGUCUGGGGGGCAAAGGGUUUCUGUGAGAUCAACCCUGGAGCUUUAAUGAGCUCCUCUUUCAAUGUAUUUUGUAUUUUCAAUGUAGGGGAUGCAAGUCCCCUCUUCAAAUGGAAAAUUCAGAGGAAACUUUAUUAAUUUGACUGAGAUACCUGUGUCCCUGUGGAUGAUGCUGUGUGCCUUGUGUGCUUCCACCAGCUCCUGGGAGUGCCCCAUCCUGUGCUGAUGGGGAGCAGAGGGACACCCACAAUGUUUAAGAUAAUAAAAUAAACACAACCCUCAAGGAACCACCAGCAGGCUGUUUUUUUGGGCAGUGCUUGCCCCUUGCCCAGUGCAUCCAGCCUCCCCUAAGUCCCCUAAAGCUGUUCCUCUCUCUCUCUCUCUGUGCAGGGAGCUUUCCACAGCCCGGGGCUGUCCCUGCACAUCCCCCCAGGAGCUGGCAGGGCUCAGCCUCUCCUGGGGAACAUGGACUGAAAGAGGGGCUUUGCCAGCCCCCAGCUGCCAGCACCCUUUGCCUGGACCCUGAUGGACUCCGAGGCAGGACUGCAUUACCAUGGUGAUGAUCUUAACCAAAACUCGGGAGAACAAAGGUGCUGACUCCGUAACAUGCAGGACUGAGCUGCACACUCCAAAGAUGAGUCAAGGAUCUACCCUCUUCUCCUGUGGCGUGAUGGAAAAUGACAGAUGGAGAGAUCUCAGCAGGAAGUGUCCACUCCAGCUCGAGCAGCCGGGCGCCAGCAUCUGGGACUGCCUGUCGGACAAGGGCGAGGAGGGCUCGCGUUGGCCGAGGGACGCGGCCGGCACCUGCUCCGUCACCAACCUGAUCAAGGACCUGAGCCUCAGCGACCCCCACGGCCACCCCUCCGCGCCCCCCAGCAAGCGCCAGUGCCGCUCGCUGUCCUUCUCGGAUGAGAUGUCGGGCUGCGGGAGCUCCUGGAGACCCCUGGGCUCCAAGGUGUGGACGCCGGUGGAGAAGAGGCGCUGCUACAGCGGCGGCAGCGUGCAGCGCUACUCCAACGGCUUCGCCACCAUGCAGAGGAGCUCCAGCUUCAGCCUGCCCGCCCGCUCCAACCCGCUCUGCGGCGGGCAGCCCAGGAAAUCGGCAGCCGGAGGGCACGGCGGAGAUGGGGUGGACAUUCAGAGGUCCCUGUCCUGCUCGCACGACCGCUUCUCGUGCCCGGAGUCCGGCGCGCCCUCGGCCAGCAGCACGCCCGCCUCCACGCCGGAGCUGGGCCGCCGCGCCGCCGGCCUGGCCCGCAGCCGCUCCCAGCCCUGCGUGCUCAACGACAAAAAGGUGGGAAUCAAGCGGAGGAGGCCGGACGAGGUCCAGGAGCAGCGGCCCUCGCUGGACCUCGCCAAGAUGACCCAGAACCGCCAGACUUUCAACAGCCUCAGCUGCCUUAGCACCACGGCCGAGGACGGCUCCCAGCGGCUGGCGGGUCCCCAGGCGUGGACCGCGGCCCCCGAGGUGAUGCCGGGCAGGACCCCCGCCUGCACCCCGGUCCCGGAGCCACCGCGGGCCAGGCCCGAUGAGCGCCGGGCCAGCAGGGAUGACCUGUCCUGCGAGGAGGAGGAGGAGGGCGCCGGGAAGGAGGAGGACAGGGCGGCCUGGCGGAGCGGCGGGCCGGGCACCGAGAGCCUCUUCCAGCUGGAUGGAGAGAUAGACAUCGAGCAGAUAGAAAACAACUGAGGAGGGAGCAGCUCUUCUCCCCCUGGGGGCUGGGGGCUGCCAGCAGAGCCAGGGUGGGCUCCUGGUUGCCAGCGAGUUUGUGGGAUCCUGUCAUUGCUCCCCUUCUGCCAGCCGGAGGGGAUGAAGCAGCUUUGCCAAAAUUUCAUCAGGUAUUUAGAGGAAUUCGUGUGCAUGCGUGUGUAAACCUUGAAAUUCUUUGUAACUACUGUAGCCAGAGAUCAGCCAGGCCGAGGGAAGUGCCUGUCCCACAGGGAAACCAGGCACGGGGAUCGCCAAAAACUCAGAAUCCACGAGUAAACGGCUUUUGCCAGGACACGGGUGGAGCUGAUGGAGCUGGCCAUGCUCCCGCAGGUCCCACCUGUGCUAGUUCAGAAAGGGGUGCACAAGGAGAAACCACCACUCCUGGGACUGGAGGAAGGGGGGAAAAGCAGAAUAUUGAGAUUUGCAAAUGAGCACUGGCUGGUGGCCGCCGGGGUGGCCACGGUUCCUUUUCUCCGGCCACAUCCCGUGUGGCCCCAGCACCCUCCUUGCUCCCCACGUCCCUGGCAGUGCCAUGAGGAGGAAAUCACAAGUGAAGUUUUGCUUAAAUUCAAUAAUGGCAAGAGCUGGAUUUUUACUCCUUUAUUUUUAGUUUUCCUUUUCCUGAUGAGGAAUUAAACAGAUCCCUGGCCCACGUGGGGCGGCACCCGCAGCAGCGCUUGCUGGGCGCUGAACGGGGAUGCUCAAAUGCCUUCCUUCCCUUCUUUUUACUUUCCCAGUCCCCCUCUCUCAACUCUUUUGGGGGAAAAAACCCUACUCAGGCUCUGUGCCACCCUCACUUGGGUUCCCAACACCCUGUUUGGAGCAGGGCUGGGCUGUUUACCCAUUUACCAGCAGCUGUGCCCACUUUGCUACCCAGGGCACGGCUGCCACCCUCUUUUUUUGGCUUUACUGUGAAGGGCUGCCUGCCCAAGGCACGUCGUGGAGGGGUUACUUGACAAAGUCAGCUGGCAAAAGGCUGAAAAUCCAGGUAGCAGCACUGAAAGCUUUUCCUCUUCCUGUGCCUUUUUAAAGCACAGAUAAAGUGGUGACCAUUAUGUUUGUACGACAUGAAUCCUCUUUGCUAAAAAUAAGCUGUCCACUUGCUAACAGGUUUAGAAGGACACAUAUUUCUUUUUUCUCCCACUGUUUUUAUUUUUAUUAUUUUGUUUAAAGCUCUAGGAAACUGUACAAAUGGCUUCCAGCAUCUUCUGGAUUCCUUCUGCUGGUUCCUUCAAGCUCAGGGGUCACUUCCUGAGCUUUGCAAAUGUGAGAAAGGAAAAAAAAAACUCCAUGAUACCAAGAGCAGCUGAAGACAGGACAUUUUUAAUGGGGUUCAGCAGCACCACUGGCAAUGCCUUGAGGGUCCAUACCUCGGAAAGGCUGAGAGCUGCUGGUACAGGUUUCAUUCAUCAUUUCUGGUUAUAUUAGUGCACUUUUUUCUGCAGUGGUUUGGGACGUGUGUGGCACCUCCCACCACAGUGGAACCCAUUUGUUGUUACCCCUGUCCUGACACUGCUGAGGUUUUGCUGAUGGCUGUGGCCAUGUCCACUCCCUCCAGGCAAGCAGGACAAGCCCCAAAUAUUCAGGGAAGGGAUGACAGGGAUGUCUUUUCAUUUUGGGGAACCCUCCAGCUCUUUUAAAGUGUCACUUUAUGCAUCACUUAUAAAAAAAUACAUCCUGGGUUAAUUUUUAUCCCUCCCGUUGUGGAGGGUCCAGCCACGCCAGUGUUUUCCCAGGCUGCUGCCCCUCUGUCUGUGCCCCUGCGGUGGCACCCUCACAGCAAAGUUCCUGGCUUUGAGUCUUCCUGAUGCUCCAUCCAUCCCUCCCCACCACUGACACGUCCUGGUCUCGGGGCACACAGCUCCUGCUGGCCACAGGCCCCUCCUCAGCUGAGCAACAAAGGGCAAAUUCCCCCAAAUCCACGUCUGGCUCCGGGUGGGCUCUCACGGGGGCAUCCCCAGGGCUGGAAUUCCUAAGGGCUUCUGUUUCUUUCCAAGGGCUGCUCCUGGUGCCAUGCUGACCCCCCAGAGCGGGAAGGUGGCCAGCAGGCCACGGCCCGGCUGUCCUGGACGUAGCCGUAGCAUUCAGUUUACAUUCAGCACAACCCGUUUGCCUUACUAAAAAUGCUUCUCCAAUGAGUCAUGGCCUUAUACUGGGCACGUUGGCGUAGGCACAGACUACAGUUAGCGACAGUUUUGAGGCCACAGUGGUGUUCUGUUGGGUAUUUCUCAUUGGGUUUGUAUGAUUUCAUGUACUUAUUCUCAGUUUAAGAAAGCCUUACUUUAAAAUUUUUUUUUCUCUCUCUCUCUCUCUGUAGAGGUAAAACAUUUGUGGAUUUAUAUAUAUAUAAAUAUAUAUAUAAAUAAUUAAAAAUAAUAAAUAUAAUAUAGUAUGUGCCUCAGAUUCAGGGGACAUCCUGUUGAUUGUAAAGUCAGAAGUGGCGUUGCUCCCCUGGUGUCAGGAGAUCUGUCCCCUACGCAGUGGAAGAGCAGGGCAUCCCUUGAGGGUCUUGCUCUUGGUUUGUAAAGGACUUCACCUAUUACACAGAUGCUUUGGGAGCCCCCAAAUCCCCCGGCAAACCCCUGCCGGCUGCCAGAAUGUGAUACUAAAGUCAUAUGCAGACAAGGGAUGUUAUUCCUUGCUAGGUAGCUAAAAUAGGUUCAUUAUUAUGAAGGGACUCAGUGGCUUGUCCAAGGUGUGACCCAGUCUGGGCAGCAGCUGUUUUGGGAGGACACCAAAGCUGUGGCAGCAGCAAAAAAAAAAGGUUCUUCAUCCUGAAAAAAAUAGGAUUUUAACACAGAAAGUCUUAGCAGGCACACGGGAGUUUGCUGUGUGUUUUGCAGAUGUAGCUCUUUGAGCCUGUCCUAUGAAAGAGUACAUUAAAAAAAAAAAAAAAAGAAACCAACGAAAAGAAGCAUUUGUAAAAUAGAUUGUAAUUUUUCCACGUGCUAGCAUAGCCUGUUUGGCCAAUAAAAUUGUGUUUCAAGUGCAUUGUUCGAAGCUCCUGGCUGCCCAGGCGAACAGACUGACGUAGGAUGUUCUAGGAUUGUAGCGGUGCUUUGCAGCGUGUGUGAGUUCGGUGUUCAAGAAAGAAAAAGAAGAGGAUGGCCAAAUGAAAAACAAAACAAAACCAAGCAGAAAGAUGGGAAGAAGAAUAAAAACAAAGCCUUCUGAAGCUAUGACCUGUAGUAGCCAAGUCUCGCUGGCAAUUGCACAAGCGCCGCGGGCCGUGCGUGUCCCGGGAGGGGCUGCCCCAGGUGUCCCCUCCACGGGCGGGCGAGGAGGCUGCUCCUGCCCCCCUCCAUGACUUGAUUGCACUAGAGCAGCUCAAUCUCAGGAAAUUGCUUGUUACUUUUACUGUGUAAAUAAAGCUUCCUGGUUCAAUAA